AUGACUCGGAUAAGAAAGGGUGCCGUGCGGCGUGAACCACGAAAAUCCGUACACACCGCAGGGAACAGCCAGGUCUCUGCCUCCGGGUCCGCGGCCGCUCUCGGUCCCGGAAGCAAGGUUUCUUCCGCCAUCGACCUGUCCAACAACGUGGAGGACAAGUUUGCCAACGGUGCCACCACUGCGACAGCUGAGGGUUCAACUGCGCUGGUUCAAUCUGCUGGAGGAUCGUUUGUCAAUGACAACCGCCAGGCCGUGAAUGUCAUUUCAUCCGCCAAGGCACUGGACGCCACCCUCCUGGAGACUACCUCCACUUACAGCUCGAGCCAGCCGCCGAGGUCUCCCACCAAAGCCCGCAAGGCGCUCCUCCUCUGA